UUUAAACAAAUCUUUUGGGAAUAUAGUACAGAGUCAGUGGAGAUACAUCCUGCCUUCUCUGCUGGUAUAUGACCACAUGGAGAGUAUGAACCAGCCAUGACAGAUUCUCAUUAGCAGAAGCAGAGCAAUCUGAUGGAGUUUACCGAGGUGACAGGUCUUCUGCCGUUCUGGUCCUAAAUAAGCGUAUCUGUUGUCAUGGAGACAGAAGAACUGGAAGAGGUAGAAAGGCAUUGCAGGAAAGCAACUAAUGGUGUCAGAAAGGGCAGCUCUCGGCAGACGGCUUUACAGGCAGCUGUGAUUUUUGAGGAUGAGGAGAAGUCAGAAGGUGCUGACCACGUGACCCAGGAUGGUGCAUCACAGACUCACUACAUUGCCAUUCAAAGGAAUUCCAAGUAUUAUCGGUCCAUGAGGCAACGGGGCAGACAGAAAGGGUGGAGUAGCAGAGAGGAGAUGAGCACUAGGCAUGCUGUAGCGUCACUCGGAAGGGGAGACAGCAGGAGCAAGCCUCUGACUGUGGGUGGAUUAUCUUGCAAGGGACCCCCUGACGUGAGAGCCUUGGAAGAACAAUGGAUCCAAAGAGAAUCCCCUUCCAGGGCAGAGCCGGUGCUUACUCCUGAUGAAAGCCCCAUACUCCCAGAGUGCCCACCUGAUCUCCCUGAGGCUCUGCAAAUGAUCCACCCCAUGACAACUGACUCCUGGAAAACCCUCAUUGAACAAAUAGGGCUCUUGUAUCAGGAAUAUCGAGAUAAAUCUACACUUCACGAGAUUGAAACCCGGCGGCUGCAGGAUUCACAGACAGAUCCUGAGGAGUGCUCAGCCAAUGAGGAGACUCCAUCAGAGGCAGAACCCACAAAUACUACAGAAAACAGGACCUUUCCCCAAAUCAGCUUGCUCAGGAACCCCACCUCCAGGUUUAACUUGUGGCAGGAUCUUCCAGAAAUCAGGAGCAGCGGUGUCCUGAAUAUCCUUCAACCAGAUGAGAUCAAACUGCAGGAGGCCAUGUUUGAACUGGUUACUUCUGAAGCCUCGUACUACAAAAGUCUGAAUCUGCUGGUGUCUCACUUCAUGGAGAAUGAACGUCUGAAAAAGAUCUUACAUCCAUCUGAGGCUCACAUCCUCUUCUCCAACGUCCUGGAUGUCAUGGCUGUCAGCGAGCGUUUCCUCUUGGACCUUGAGCAGCGGGUGGAAGAGAACAUUGUCAUCUCAGAUGUUUGUGACAUUGUCUACCAGCACACAGUUAAUCACUUCUCGGUGUACGUAACCUACGUCUCCAACCAGACCUACCAGGAGAGAGCCUACAAACAACUUCUCCAAGACAAGACAGCUUUCCGGGAGGUGAUAUCACAGUUGGAGAUGGAUCCCAAGUGCAAAGGCCUGCCUUUCUCAUCCUUUUUGAUUUUGCCAUUUCAGAGGAUCACUCGGCUCAAGCUACUGGUUCAGAAUAUUCUCAAGAAAGUUGAAGAGAAAUCAGAGAAGGAAACCACUGCCCUUGAAGCACACAAAGAGUUGGAAAUAGUGGUGAAAGCAUGUAAUGAAGGGGUCAGGAAGAUGAGCCGAACAGAGCAGAUGAUUAGCAUCCAGAAGAAAUUGGAGUUUAAGAUCAAGUCCGUGCCUAUCAUCUCUCACUCCCGGUGGCUGUUAAAACAAGGGGAACUGCAGCAAAUGAAUGGCCCAAAGACAUCACGCACGCUCCGCACAAAGAAACUCUUCAGAGAAAUCUAUUUGUUCCUUUUCAAUGACCUGUUGGUACUCUGCAGACAGAUUCCUGGCGAGAAGUACCAGGUGUUUGACUCAGCACCACGAGGGCUUCUCCGGGUAGAGGAGUUAGAAGAUCAGGGACAGAGUUUGGCCAAUGUCUUUAUCCUGAGGCUUCUGGAGAAUACGGAUGAUCGGGAGGUCAGCUAUAUGCUCAAGGCAUCAUCCCAAAGUGAGAUGAAGCGCUGGAUGAUCUCGCUGGCCCCAAACCGGAGAACCAAGUUUGUUUCAUUCACCUCUAGGCUCAUGGAUUGCCCCCAGGUGCAGUGUGUCCAUCCGUAUGUGGCUCAGCAACCAGAUGAGCUGUCCUUGGAGCUGGCAGAUGUUCUCAACAUUCUGGACAAGACGGAUGAUGGUUGGAUUUUUGGGGAGCGUCUUCAUGACCAGGAAAGGGGCUGGUUCCCCAGCUCUAUGGGGGAGGAAAUUCUGAACCCCAAGAUCCGAUCGCAGAACCUAAAGGAGUGUUUCCGGGUAGCACAAGGAGUACCUCUGGCUUAUGGAGAUGGAGGGCAGAUGCUGCAGGCUGAGAGAAUGAGGUGGUGGUGCUGGUACUAUGGGCCAUGGCACAGAGCCUGGUCUUUUAAUAUGCUAAUCCCACCCACUCCUAAACAAAUAGACUCUGCUCUGCUCACAGAGUUCUCCCCUCCACAUUUUGUAUUCCUCUGGAGCCCAACCCAAGAGAGGAUAGGCCACUUCUCCAAAGUUCAAGGAACUCUUCAGUGUAAUGGAGUGCCAGUUGUGCUACCAACCCCAGAGAACACCCAGUGCUCACCCCUGUGCAGUGAGGAGCUGCUGGACAAGACGGCAUCAGAGUCCCGCAGGAGAGUCACCGCAGCUGUAACAUACCAGGGAUGCUUGAGCCACUUUUCUAGUAUAAAUGGACAGAAUUGGCUGGGCUAGGGAAAUAGUUCUACCUUGCGUACCAUAGAAAACUUGCUCAGAUGCCUAGCUACCCCCUUGCUGGGCCCUUCCAUUGUAGGAAUGGGUCCGUGCCACCCAACAACCUAGUUCUGUGCGCACACACUAGAGCUGAAGCCAUUAUUUACCUCUUCCAGUACUCACAUGGCAAUUAACAGUGGCAAUAGGGGCUUUCUUUCGUGGAGCACAUGGUGCAGUUCUGGGUCCCAGCACUUAACAGAACCUCUAAGGUUGGCAAGUGCUAUUUUAUAGGUGGGGAAAUUGAGGCAGAGUUGUUGACUCACCUGAAAUCAAAGGGAGACCGUGCCAGAGCUGGGACUAUAAGUCAGGACUUCUGCUGCCUGAUUCCCAGUCCUCUUGUUGGGCUGCUAGGCCCACUCCUAUCUCCAAACUGCUCUUUGAACCCAGUUCUAGGAAAUGCACUAACAGGCUAAAUCAACAGCAUCACAUCCUGCCUUUCAGCAACCCUCACUCCUGAUAUUCCUGAACUUACUCCUGCAGAGUGCCUGGACUCCUACAUUUCAACCCCCGGGGGACCAAACGCAAGGUUCUCUGCAUGCAGAACAGCAGCAGAGAGUACCACCAGAGAGCCCCGCUGAGCAGGGCAUGUGUGACGGCCUUCGUCCGAACGGCACUAAUGGAUGCUAACACCUGCAAGACAAUAGCAGGGGUAUGUGGGAUUCCAGAGCACGGCCCCCAUUCAGAGAUAGCAGGGUAAAAGAAACUAUGGUCUGCCAAACCACUACACAUGGACGAUGUUCCAUCAGAGCCAGAGGCUUCAAAUGUGGGCUGUUACCCCCGCAUGUUUGUAGAACUUGGUUCCUUCCGUUGUCAGGGCCUAUUUGGAAUGUAACGUAAACUGAAUUUCCACAAGGCUGUGCCACACUCCCAGACAACUCUGGGGCCUGUUUCCAAAGGGCAGGGCUGAACUCAGACGCGGGGUUCAUGCAAAGGCCGCCUGGCAGCAGUAAGGCCAUGCCUAACAAGAGCUCAUACAAAAUAGCUGAAGUUGGCCAGGGAGCUAGGGGACAUUGUACUAAAGCUACGUGAGGGCCGAUACUCCCUCUGUAAACCCAGCGAGCUAGCUGUGUGCAUGAACUGUAUGUACGGUAUUGACACCUCCAUGUUUAUAGGAAGACCUCAGUAGCCAGAAGGACAAGGGAAUUAUUGGCUUGUUUGAUGCAACCCAGCAUUGCAUGGAACAGAGGGCAAGGGAUCCAGAGCAUUGGCAAGGAACAGAGACCUGACAGUGCUUGGAAACUGAGCACAAGAAAGCACUCUAACAACAAAUGGCUGUUUAGCCUGCCCUGUUCUUUGUGGUUCCAGAGAGGCCCCCUCCCUCAGUGACCCUUUGUUGGCCACAAACGGGCAGCUGACCCAGAGCACUUAUUUGCAUGAACAUAAAUCAGGGAAUUUAAAUUAUUCAGCAUUGUUCUGGGAUGCUGUAACACAGUCUUCCGGGCAUUUCUUGACACACAAUGCUGCUUCUGAUCUCUGCACUUCCCCCCAGCAUCCUUGCUCCUCCCCUCUUCCCUCCCCUCCACACACCUCAGAUUGAGCAUAUCAUGUCAGUAUGGUUGUGGUCAAAGAGAGGAUUGUAAAGUCAACACCUUUUUACUCAGCUACUAGGCUUUCCCUUUGUGUGUUUUGGACUGAGCCUGUCUACAGUUGUCAGAUGUGCACUGGUGUCACUACAAUUGAUGCAGUUAAUUACUGGCAUAAGCCUCACUUUACAUCCCUGCUGCAUGCCUGCCAGAGGCUCAUGCCAUUGUGACUACAUCAAGUUACUUGAGUGUGUGUCUGCUGUAGACAGGCUCUUCAUACAAUGCAGUUAUCAGUAUUGCAGUCAACAGCGCUGGGAGAGUGAGCAGCAUUCACUCGCGGCUUGCAUUGGAACAGCAUUGAUAAGGCUCCAGUGGAUGCAAACCUUAAUGCUGUAGUCAACUCUUGGACACCACAGGUGUGUCAGAAAGAGCUGACAGUAGAUUCUGCUCUUUCACCAGGGAACAUGCUGUCUCAAGUUAGACAAGUGCCUAUGGGUACAUCAACACAGCAAUUCAACACCUGGGGCUGGCCUGGAUCAGCUGACUCUGGCUUGGCCUGUGGGGCUGUAAUAUUGCUAUGUAGCUGUUUGGCCUGAAGCCUGGAUUCUGGGACCCUCCUGUGGACUCCAGCCCAAGGCCCAAUGUCUCAGCAAUUUUUAGCCCUGACGCUCGAGCCAGCUGACCCUGACCAGCCAGGGCUCUGCCAUUCCGAUGAGAGCAGAACCCCCCCCUCGGCAUGUGAGCCAGAAGGCACUCAGCUCGAUUGACCCAUUCCAGCUCAGGCUGGUGGGGCUGGCAGUCCAAAACACACUUGCCAUUUGAAUUGUAAAUUGAGUAGAUUGUAUUCAGGAGGCUAUAAAUACAAAGACCAUAAAUUGUACAGUCACUUUUCUAAGUACAACCAGACUUCACGCUCAGGGUCCAAAGCUUCUAGCAGCAGCUGUUUACAGGUAAUUAGUGUAAAGCUCUAGCUAUGAAAAUAAUUGAACACAAAUAGAUACAAUCGUAUUACAGAUCAUGCAGCCUUGCCCAAAUUAUCAUGAACAUUUCCCAGCCCUGGCACUAACCCUAAACGCUGGCUUGGGACAAAAAAUGAUUUUUACAAUUGAAAUGAAAAUAACUGUAGUCAAUGAAAAGGUUACUUGGCCCAGGCUAGGGGACAAUUCAUUGUACCAGGCUGAGAUCAUUCAUUGAUCAACUUUGCAUUUCUCUGGAGGAGAGGGGUUUCCAGUCUUUCCCUGGCCUUUACCCUUCCUCUCAGGACCCUUGGACACAUGCCACCGACGUCCUUCUUUAGGGGUUUUGGGGACUCUGCACGGUCACCCAUGGCACAUGAUAUUCAGACACUGAGUUGGAUUUGUUCUAUGUUCCGUUUUAACCUCCCCCACUCCAGAGACACAGUCCAACAUGCCAGUUUCAGGUGGGCUAAUGCUGUAGAUAGGGUCAGUCUGUGAAAGGAGCAUAGGUGAGAGUUCCCACCCCGGUCAUCAUCAGGCUGCCUGAGGGAAAUGAAAAGAACUAUUGUUGUUGUUUUUCUUGUGGUUAAAAUACAGCUGACUGCGCCAGCACCUUCCAAAGCC